UGGAAGAUUCUCUAUAUAUCCGAACAACACUUUUGCGUCGUUGAUAUCAUUUAUUCAAUAGUGACUGAACAUGAAUAUAAUUGCAAGGUCAGGAAAUUUGGUAAUAUUUUUGCGUGGUGGACCGCAAAUCGUUGCCAACACUAUUAAAGUUUCGGCAUCAGUCUAUAAUUCGGACAAUUCACUUGUCGCUCAAAAUUCGAUCGGUGGUGCUAGAAAACAAGUGCGACUCUAUUCUAUGUCGCAUCGUGACAUUAAAGUGCCAUCAUUCGAUGAAUACCGAUGGAGCCAUAAAAAAAAUCCAGCUCGCGCCACUGAUAAUGAGAAGCAGAUGACUUACCACUACCUCAUCGUUGGAGGAAUGUGGGCGGCUGGAAUGUAUGGUGCCAAAGGUACUGUGCGCUCACUUUGCGAAUAUAUGGGAACAGCUCGUGAUGUUCUCAGUAUGGCUUCGAUCGAAAUUAAAUUGGCUGACAUUCCCGAAGGGAAAUCAGUCACAUUCUCAUGGCGUGGUAAGCCAUUGUUCAUACGCCAUCGUGUUGACAGUGAAAUUGCCAAAGAAGAAGCGGUACCAUUGAGUCUAUUGAGAGAUCCACAAACUGAUGCGGAACGUGUGAAAGAUCCAAAGUGGUUGAUCGUUGUCGGUGUAUGCACCCACUUAGGAUGCGUACCAAUUCAUAAUGCUGGUGAUUUCGGUGGAUACUACUGCCCGUGCCACGGUUCGCAUUACGAUGCAUCAGGUCGUGUUCGUAAGGGUCCGGCGCCACUCAAUCUAGAAGUACCAGAAUACACAUUCAAAGGAGACAUUGUUAUUGUUGGAUGAACACACAAUACAAUUAUUUAUGAUUUUUAUGCAUUUGUCCCCCUAAAUGGGUAUAUUAGAAAUCUUAAAAAUGAAAUCUUUACAGUUCAUACGAUACAACAUUUCAUAAACAAAAACCAACUUUUGGUGGAUUUAAGAAAAAAACGAAGACGUUUUUUAUAAAAAGAAUCAGGAAGAGCAGACAAUUUUUGACCUUUUUGGUUGAUAUUCAAAAUUUAAUUCAUAGUUUCCAUAUUUUGUCAUGUUUUAACAUUAAUUUUUCAGACUUUCUUCAAAUGUUUACUUCAAUUUCAUCAGAUUUAAAAUUGAAAAUGAAUCUAAAAAUAAUUUAUUUUACAUAUUUCAUCUUGUGAAAACAAAUAUUCAAACA